CCAGCAGACCCCGCACUGCUGGGGAGCGGAGCCGCAGUCUGGGGGACCCCGGUCCCUGACUGUACCCCAACUGCGCGUCCCCAGUCCACCUCCGCGGCCGAGCCACCACUGGUGUUGCAAUCUUCACUUGUCGAAGAGCUUUUGGAGCGGUCACCCGUCUUCACAUCUCGGAUUUCACGGGGGUCCCCUCCCCCACCUCUCCCUGCCUCUUUGCUCCCCGAUUUUUCUGCGCUUCGCUUGGUUUUACCAGCCGUCUACUUCUGCAUUCCCUUUUCGUUUUACUUUUAGGAGGGUUUUUUUGUUUGUUUGUUUUUGGAGGGGUGAAGCUGCAUUCUCAUCCCUUCCUCUUUUAUAUCCUCUCCUGCCCUGACAACACCCCCCUUUUCAUCGCAGCCAGGGGGGGCCCAGGAUCAGUGCUUUCGCUGCUGCGCUGACAGCAACUGGCUGCGCGUGGCCGUGCACCCCGGAUUUUGCAGCAACCGCAUAUUUGAGGGGAGGUCUCCCUCGCCUCCGCAGCCUUUGCUCCCCGCGCGUGGGGAGGGUGCGUGGGGAGGGGGGCUUCAGUGCGCCGCACCCCUGCUUUUCCGCAGCCCCCCGCCCUGCGCGGGACUGGUCCCCUGCUGCCAAGAUGGUCAUCCAGAAAGAGAAGAAGAGCUGCGGGCAGGUGGUUGAGGAGUGGAAGGAGUUCGUGUGGAACCCGCGGACGCACCAGUUCAUGGGCCGCACCGGGACCAGCUGGGCUUUUAUCCUCCUCUUCUACCUUGUCUUCUAUGGCUUCCUCACAGCCAUGUUCACCCUCACCAUGUGGGUGAUGUUGCAGACUGUUUCUGAUCAUACCCCUAAGUACCAGGACCGACUGGCCACACCAGGCUUGAUGAUUCGUCCCAAGACUGAGAACCUUGAUGUCGUUGUAAAUGUCAGUGACACUGGAAGCUGGGACCAGUAUGUUCAGAAGCUCAACAAGUUCUUGGAACCUUACAACGACUCCAUCCAAGCCCAGAAGAAUGACAUUUGCCGCCCUGGGCGCUAUUACGAGCAGCCAGAUAACGGGGUCCUCAACUACCCGAAACGUGCCUGCCAGUUCAACCGCACCCAAUUGGGCGAAUGCUCUGGCAUCGGGGACCCCACCCACUAUGGUUACAGCACUGGUCAACCCUGUGUUUUCAUCAAGAUGAACCGGGUCAUCAACUUCUAUGCAGGAGCAAACCAGAGCAUGAAUGUUACCUGUGUAGGGAAGCGAGAUGACGAUGCUGAGAAUCUUGGCAACUUUGUCAUGUUCCCUGCUAACGGCAACAUUGACCUGAUGUACUUUCCGUACUACGGCAAAAAGUUCCACGUGAACUACACACAACCCCUUGUGGCCGUGAAGUUCCUGAAUGUGACCCCUAAUGUGGAGGUGAACGUGGAGUGCCGCAUCAACGCUGCCAACAUUGCCACAGACGAUGAUCGAGACAAGUUCGCUGGUCGUGUGGCCUUCAAACUCCGAAUCAACAAAACCUGAGGCCCCUUCCUCCCAUCCCCACUUCUUCCCUAUGGAUGCUUCUGGAAUGUCCCUGACCCUGCCUGAUCCCUCUCUCACCCACCCCGAAGGUAUCUUUUUUUUGGAGCAGAACUAUGACUUGUCUGAGCCCCACACCCUUUUCUUUUACUUCUGAACCCAGCCUGAUGUCUGUUGUGAUUCCCUGGCUAUGCACUUUCCUGCCAUCUUCUCCCAACCCUAACUCAGUCAGACAGGGAGACGGGGUCCCAGAAUGGUCGCCGAGGCAUUAGGAGCCUUGCUAGUACUGGUAUAACUGUGAGUGAGGUGUAUCUGUAAGUUACCCUCCUGCUCUCUGACAACUGUAGAAAAUGUCCACUCAGCUGCCUUCUCUCUCACACACAUAGCAGUGUGGUAUCCUGUUCCUCCACUCCUGCACUCAUCUUCUGACAUCUUCCCUAUCUCUUACUUUCUCUCCAACUAUACAGUCCUGACUUUUUUAUUUUUAUUUUUUUAUGAAAGCACUGCUCAGCUAUGGCUCAUGGUGGUGUUUGGGGAUUAAACUUGGGACCCUGCAUCCUCAGGCAUGAAACAUUUUGGUGUAACCACCGUGAUCUCCCGUCUUGGUUUCUUACUCCCCCUGCUCUUCUGGCAGGUCUUUUCCCAUCUUCUCGCCAUCUCCACACCCUCUCGAAAUGCAGCCCAGCCACUAGGAAUUGAGAACGAGGUGGCUCUGUGACUUUUCCUUGUUUCCUGGUACCUUCGGCUUCUCACCCUAUGAUGACUGCAUGAUCUGGGCAUUAGGGGCCCUGUAGAAGAGAAGUCCUAGUUGGUUUUUGAAAUUUUUCUUCCUGGUCCCUUCUAUUACCCAAGUAGGCACUCCUCAGGGAGGGCGGGACUGAUCUAGGCUGAAUAUCCACUUUGUUUUUGCUAUGGCGCCCUUCCCCCUGCUAGCUUUCCCAGAAUAUCCUGCAAGAUCCAUUUCCCAGGGAGUCUGGGGGGAGGGGCAGCUGUUUUGGCCUGGUCCCCAGUGGCCACCUUGGAAACUCAGCUAGCUGUGGGACUAUUCCACCUCUUUCCCCAGGGCCCAGAUCUGCCCCCACCAUCCUCUCCAGGGCUGUUCCUAGCAAGUUAUCAGCUAACUACUUCCUCUCUCUUCUGCAUGUCAGCCUGAAUGUUGCAAAUCCCUUGUCUCCCCCCAUCCACAAAUACACCCUCCAAGUCUAGUCUCUGAAUUUUUUGGCCCCUCUCCUUUAGACCCCUUUGCCUUUUUAAAAAGUCCCAUAGAAUGUUAAAUGAGGGACCUCAGGCAUUCUGAGGUUUUAGAGGCAUUUUUAACUCUUUCUUCUCCCAUCUUUUCAUUCCUCAACCCCCACACCCCAGGGCUCUAACCUCCCUUUUCUGCUUUGAUGCUGCAGCUCCCACACUCCACCCACGGAAGUAUCUUUCCCCUUCUCUCUUACUGGAGCUGUGUCCCUUCUCUGUGGGUCCCCAUGUUUUCCUGCACUCCCCUUCUCAGUGAUCUCUCCCUGCAGUUAUUUAAUGCCUAUGUCAGAUCUACUGUAAAAAGGAUAAAGUACAAUAAAAUGAGAACAAUUAUAUAUAUAUGAAUAUAUAUCAUACAAGGA